CACCGUUGCCUCCAUGUUCACGCGGUUCAUUCGACACAUCCACCCCCUCGGCCCCCGGUACGGGGCCCACAUGCUUCACACGACAUCUCCCACUGCCUACGCGUUGUUCAAGGACCUCCCGCGUAAAGAAAGUCGUCCUCUCAGCCAACUUACUGCCGAGGUCCAACCACCCCAGGAACAAUCACAAACAGAUACUACCACCACUAUUUCGUUCCACGAUGGCCCCAUUGUCGCCGACCCGGUCGCCCCUGCUCCUGGGCAGCCCAUCAACUGGCUGGACUCGUUCCACGGGUUGGGCGUGGCGCCGUUCCCACGAGAAGUCUCAGACGUGUUGCUUGCACCGCUAAAUGAAGAAGACAUUGAAAUAAAACCCGACGGGUUGUUGUACCUUCCAGAAAUCAAGUACCGGCGGAUCUUGAACCGGGCGUUUGGGCCAGGCGGCUGGGGUUUGGCGCCACGGACGGAGAGUUUCAUCACUCCCAAGCAGAUUAGCAGAGAGUAUGCGUUGGUGUGCCACGGACGGUUGGUUAGUGUGGCACGGGGCGAACAGGACUACUUUGGGGGCGAGGAGAAGGUCGCCACCGCGUUGGAGGGGUGUAAAAGUAACGCGUUGAUGCGGUGUUGUAAAGAUUUGGGGAUUGCCAGUGAGUUGUGGGAUCCUACGUUUAUCAAGAGCUGGAAAAAGAAGUAUUGUGAUGAGGUGUUUGGGGAGCAUGUCGUGAACAAGAAGAAGAAGAAGUUGUGGAAGUUGAAGCGGAACAAGGCUUUGGACUAUCCGUACAAGCUUGUUUGAGGUGGGCCUACCUUGAGAUUUGAGAUGCUUUGAGUGCUACUGCUCUCCCCUGCUCUUCUACUGUAAAUACUGCUGUAUAAUAAUUUACAUCCUAGUCGU